UGGUACAAGGUGAGUGUACCAGGCAAGCUGCGGAGUGACCUGACAGCAGAUCUAACUGGAGACAUUGUGGACAUUAUCUCUACCUCAACACGGUUUAUUUUAUUAUUGUCAUCCGUUCGCUUGGUUUAGCCUUUUCGGGGCUACUGAAGGAGGCACGCUGGAAGCACCCGGAGAACCUCGGAUAUCUACGCGGCAUGGAUGCUUCGUGACCCGUGACGGGUGUGAAGAGAUGCCGGGGGAGCAGUCGGCGGGAACCGGCCGGGUGGUGCUGGUCAAGAAGAUCAUCAUGAAGGACGGAGCUGCGCUCCAGCAGGGUAUCGGUAGGCCCAGUGUGUAUCAUGCGGUGGUGGUGAUCUUCCUGGAGUUCUUUGCCUGGGGAUUACUCACCACGCCAAUGCUCACUGUUUUACAUGAAACAUUUCCCCAGCACACGUUCCUGAUGAACGGCCUCAUUCAGGGCGUGAAGGGUCUGCUGUCAUUCAUGUCUGCUCCCCUGAUUGGUGCGUUGUCGGAUGUGUGGGGCAGGCGGACCUUCCUGUUGGUUACCGUCUUCUUCACCUGCGCUCCGAUCCCUCUGAUGAGGCUCAGCCCCUGGUGGUACUUCGCCAUGAUCUCCAUGUCUGGAGCCUUCUCUGUCACCUUCUCGGUCGUAUUCGCCUACGUUGCUGAUGUGACGGAUGAAAGAGAGAGGAGUACAGCCUACGGUCUGAAAGUAGCAAUAAUAAUAAAAACAAAUGUCUUUCUAUCCCUCCAGGUCAUAAAUUUCUCCUCCACAACCAUUGCAGUUUUUAUUGGAGUGGUGGGCAUUCUGUCUAUCGUAGCACAGACUCUCUUCCUCACCCUGCUGAUGAGGACUGUGGGUAAUAAAAACACUGUUCUGUUGGGUUUAGGCUUCCAGAUCCUUCAGCUGGCCUGGUACGGCUUUGGAUCAGAGCCAUGGAUGAUAUGGGCAGCUGGUGCUGUAGCUGCAAUGUCAUCCAUCACCUUCCCAGCUGUGUCUGCUCUGGUGUCACAGUCUGCUGAUCCUGAUAAACAAGGUGUUGUCCAGGGAAUGAUCACAGGGAUCAGAGGUCUUUGUAAUGGUCUGGGGCCAGCUUUGUACGGAUUCAUCUUCUUCCUCUUCAACGUGGAGCUCAACACCAUGGACCCCAUCCAGGGAGAAUUCAACAUCAACCCCCUGCCUCUGCAAAGUCCCACUGAGCGAGGCCUGAUCCCCGGCCCGCCCUUCCUGUUGGGGGCAUGUUCCGUGGUUGUUGCCUUCCUCGUUGCUCUUUUCAUCCCUGAGAAACCUUCCUGCUCCUCUUCCUCCCAGCUGUCCCUCAGCGACAAGCCCCGCCUGGACAGCAAGGAGUCCAUGUCCUCGCUGGCCGGCGUCCACAUCAACACACCCCUCCCUGGCAGCGACGAGGAAACCCCGCCCACCGCCAGUGACGAGGACUUUGAACCGCUGCUGCAGGACAGUGUUGUUUGAUGGACAUUUUGUUACAAAGAUAAAGAAACAGUAACACAUUUUCUUUGCUGCAGGGCAGAACUAGGUGUACUUUUAUUGUUGGAAGAUUGAGAUUGACAGCAAGAAACUCCGAUAGCAUUGUUUUGUUGCCAGUAGGCAGUACUGACUACUUCAGCUACCAGGAGCAGAGACAGUAACAUCCUGUGAGUGACCAAUAAGGAUGUCUCUUUCACAAGAGGGCGGGAGCAAAGAUCUGCAAUUAAGAUGUUGUCAUAUGAUUUGACAGAAGAGAUCAAGAUGAUUAUUUGACUUGCAGAAAGACAGUGAGGCCAGCAGGGACAACAUAGUUUGACAGGAAACCAUCGUUUGAUUGACAAGAGGAGGGACAAACUGUGUUUCUUAUAGAACAGGUGUGGCCAGUUUGGGAUACGCCCACAUAAAAUCACUUGAAGGAAAAGAGAAGUAUUUUUUGAGUAUUUUUAAUGGAAGGAUCAUGGUUCAUCUUUAAGCUUGAAGUUAUUGAUUGUUUUUGUGAUAAAACAAGAAAGGGUGGUUUUACCUUCAGCUGUAUCAUUUUUACGCUGUGUUUAUUAUUGAUUAUUGGUUAUUGUAUCGAUGAACCAUGUCUGCAACAUAUUCACAGAAGCUGAAACAUCAGUUGAUUUAUACUCUUUUUUGAAGAAGUUUUGGUUAGUUUUUCUUUUUGGCAGGGUUAGACAACUGUACAGCAAACCUGCACUGAGCUAUCGAUCGCUAACAAGGUAUGAUUGUGACAAGCUUAGAAAUGAGUCAACCACCUGAAAUCUAACAUGUCAAAAUAUCAAUUUUAAUAGUUAUUUUCAUCAUUUUCAUGGCCAAAUUUCCAUUAAAUGGCCUUUAAAUUUCUCUAAUUGAAUUGCUUUAAAAUUCAUUAAAAUGUCACUAGUUAUUGUCCCUGUUUGUCACUACCUCAGAUCAGCUUGUUUUUAAAGGUACAAUGUGUAAGAUUUGCCAGAAUUUAAACUUAAAACAUUAUGAACAGAGUGUGAAUGACGUUAUGUUAAACAGGUCUCUGUGUUGUGUUGCAGAGAUAUCUACUGAAGUUAGCAUGCUAACAGCUAGCUGCGCUCCGUCCAGCCUGUAAUACCACUUGUUCCUCUAGAGGUGAUAGUGAGUCACUGUAGCUGCAGUCUGCCUCAGUACAGAGGGAGAAGAAGGACAGCUGCUGACUCAGCAGACUCAGGGUCUACAUCACAUCCAUGAUUCUGCAUGUGUUGAUCAUUUGUUUUGAUUAAAUCCGAAGUAGCAGAAACUAGAAAAGGACUCGCACCCUCGCCUCUUUUUCACCGUGGGUGGGAGGCUGCUCCGCCGGGAGUAGAGUGUGCGAUGGCUGGGAGACAGACAGAUCUUCCAUUAGCUCAAAUUUAGCCGAACCCUCCACCGGAUCUUCAAACGUUGUUGCUGUAGUUACUCAGGUUAGACCCAGCGCUGCAUCAGCCCGCUGUGACUCCCGGUGCUGGGAUAUUCGUCGGCCGUAUCCAAGCUGCCGGAGCCGCUGCAUGCUCCCCUCCCACAGGAGUAACAAAUACACAGUCAAUAUAUCAACACUAGAAGAGCGAUACAUAGCUGUACAAUACACAAUAUAAAGACUACAUUAGAAUACAAUAACUAUUCUAAACUACUACAACACAAUAUAAACAGAUACUAUAGUUGUUUUUUAAUAACUGAUGGUUUUGAUGAAUCCAUCAAACAAUAAGAUAUUCCAUUGAUGAUCAUAUGGAGUUUACAGGUGAAUUCUGCCCUCUAUUUAUUUAGAGCAGGAGGCUCAGAACUACACAUUGAACCUUUAAAUCACACUUAUCCUGGCUUUACUCCUCUUCUAUCUCGUUUGUUUUAUUUUUAUAUCAAGUCACUUUAUGAAUGCUGCUGGCAGUGGAACAACUUCAGAGCUGCGACUUUAGCUUUAGCAUUCAAAGCACCAACAGUGUUGGAACCAUAUUGUUUAUGGUUACAGUAUUGCUCUUAUUUUUAAUUUCAGUGAAAAGUGGUUCUGGAGCUCAAACUGUCCAAUGUACAAAUGUGAAAUCUGCAAGUUAGAUACCAGAAAACAAUUAAAAUAUAUUGUAAGAUUUAAUGCAAGUCCAACAGUGACUGGUACUGUAAAACAUUGUUUCCUAUAAUCUCAUGAUUCGUCAAUGUUGGUGUAUUGGUGCUAAUUGGACAAGAGGUAGCACUGAAAUACUAUUUUGAAUAUUUGGCCCUCUGAACCCCAAGCCGCCACAAUUUAUUAACAUGUAAGUCCUGUUGUCCCAUGGAAACAGCACAAUCAUGGCUAGAAGUAGGAAAAACUCAAAAAUGUAUUAUGUGCAGCACAACACAGUUAUAAUGCCAUAAAAAGGGUUACACAAUGUAAAUGCUCUCACCAGUAUGUUUAAUUGUCACCAUAUGUAUUUUGCACAACCUGUACACCCUCCAGUAUUGUAAUAUCAUUAUUGUGGUUAUAUUACAUGCUACUCAGCUUUCCAUAGUGUCAUGCUGCCAUGUAGUGCCUUUUCAGAAUGUAGGUUUAGAAUGUAGAAUUGCCACUAGCUAGCAGCAUGACACCAUGAAUCUGUUCCAGAGCGACAAUGCUUCUGGCUCCGAUGGCCCAGGGUCGCUGUGCCUUCGAUUUCCAUGUUGCGCUGAGUGCUUGGACCAAAUGAAACCUUGCAAGUCUAGCUUUUACUUCAACUGGGUCAAGCUGGACAUUUGUGUGCUGAGGGUGUCUCAUAACCAAUAGUCCUUCACUGUAUAAUUUUAAAAACACAUGGACGUCAACUGGAAAGUUAUUUGUUGCAGAUAUGAGGUUUUUCCCUGACAGCUGUGAAAAUCCUCUGAAUUAACUUAUACUUGAAGCAUCAGACAGAUUUUACAAGAGCUUUAGAGAAGAUUUAUACAGAAAUGCUGAAGAGUUUAACAGUAUAUAACUGACUGUACAGAGUGUACAUAGUUACUAAAAAUGUUAAUGUACAUGUGAAUGAUAUUAUGGUUUGUAUAUAAGUGAAGUGUGGAAUCAGCUUGGUAAUUGUGAUUGAUAUGAAGGUUUUCCUUCAGUGUUCAGUCUCGUGUGGCUCAACGGCUCAGUGUGGGUUGGGGAUUCAAUUCCCCCUUUGCAGCUAAAACCAACAUUCAUUCUUUGUGUUUUCCGUGUUCAUUCUGAUUACUAUGAAACGAACAAAUCAUUUUCCCCAUUCUUCACACCUGAGUCUGUUUACAUGCACACUAUGUCGUGGUCAUCAGAAUGAUUUCAUCGUUGGUCAUAUUUAAAACAUGAUGGUUAAACGAAGAGAAACUGGUUAUUCAUAUCUUUGCAACUCAUCUACUUCUUUGAAAUACAAUUUUAAAGGUGCUAGAUAAAUCAAUAAAUCUGCAAUUUGUUUUGUACAAAUGUAAACAGAUAUGCUUUUAAUUAAUUUCUCCAAUCUAAUCUCAUACAUUCGAGCUCUUUCAAUAAAUAAAGACAAAGUGUCAUUGCAUUACCAUUAUGACAAAGACAACGUUUUAGCUGCCAUUAUCAUUAAAGAUUUAAUGCUUUUUUUCACAAGGUUUACAUUUCUGAAAACCAGGGCCAGUGAUAAUCCAGGUUUCUGUAGUUGUGAGUGCAAAACCCAGAUCAUAAGUAGGAUAUUAAUGUGCAUGUGGCAUCACAGUUAUUUAAUUGACAAAUGCACCCGCUCAAUUAGUCCAGCAGCAGUGAAACUGACUCAACAGUGUAAAUAUUGUACAUGGAUUAAUUGUUUGUACAUGUGAAGAAAUUAAAUGUACAUGAGAUUCACUGUAAAUACACUGUUGUCUUGUCUGGAAAUCUACCAGCCUGUUGUUGGUUACUGGAAAUUAAACAGAACAACACUUGAAGUGUUUUGUUUUUUUAUCCAGCUGGUUGUUGUUGUUUGCCUGCAUCCUCCUGGGAAUCAGAAUUAUUUUUUUCUCCUUUUCCAUAUUUCAACUGUGGAACUCAUUCAAAAACAGUGAGUAUACUUAUAUAUUUUUUUUUUAAUAAUUUUUUUUGUAAUGUUCUUUGUGUAUGACAAAAGGACGUCAUUGUGAAAUAAUAUAUUCCUGGUGCAUUUAUAUAAUUAUACACACGUAGUCAAUCUGAUAAACUCAGAGUUUAAUUUAUGCAAAAAUGUUGAUUUGUUUACUAAUGGAGAAUUGAAGACAUUAACAUUGUGUUUUUUUGGUUUUUGUUUUAAUUUUACUCAACUAUUAACUAUUACAGUUACUGUUACCAUUACUUAACUAACACUAUUAUUAACACAAUAUAUAAUGCUAUGUUAUUAUUGCAAAUUAAUUAUAAAUUGUAUUUUGUAUUUUUGAAUAAAUACAUUUUAGAUUGAUAGUUCCCGCUUGACCUUAGAAGCUAAAACACUAAAGCUGCCAUUAAAAUAAAUAAAUAUAUGUUUUGUUUUUCA